GGGGUACGAUAUUUUUAUAUUGCUAGGUUACAUUGAGGCUAUAUAUUUCAUAUAUACUCGAGUACUUCGUCCAUACCUCCUUGUCACUCAUUUUCUGAGUUGUAACUGAACCUGCUUCUUUGCAUCACUUGCGUCGAACGCUAGCCAGCAAACCUCUGCAUCAUCAUUUUCAAAAUUGGAAAAUUCAAACACUACAUCUAUUCCUCACUCAAGCCCUACCAAAUAUACAUACCUCUUCAUCAUGGCAUUCUCAAUGCAUAGCCACUCUGGGCAGUUUUGUCCUGGCCACGCAAAAGAUACACUCGAACAAGUGAUUCAAAUGGCCAUUUCUCGAGGCAUGCAAACCUUUGCAUUAACAGAGCACAUGCCCCGGAACUCAAAUUCUGAUUUAUAUCCCGAAGAAGUCGAAGCCGGCGAUGAUGUAGCUCGGUUCGUUCCCAGACACGAAGCUUAUCUCGUUGAAGCCACUCGUCUUCGCGAAAAAUACAAGAAUGAACUCAAUAUUCUUAUAGGCUUUGAAGGAGAAUGGAUUCGAUCGGAUUAUGGGCCUUUGAUCAAAGAUCUUGCCUCGAAUCCUCUCAUCGAUUUCUUCAUUGGUUCAAUACAUCACGUGAAUGAAAUUCCUAUUGAUUACGACGCUGCAUUAUAUGCCAAAGCGAUUGAGAAAUCAGGAGGCUCGGAGGAGAAAUUAUAUGAAGACUAUUUUGAGCAGCAGUAUGAAUUGUUGCAGACCCUGAAACCGAAGGUGGUGGGUCAUUUCGAUUUGAUUCGAUUAUUGAGUGAGAAUCCAGAUAGAGAUUUGACUGAGUGGAAAGGAGUUUGGGAUAUGGUCUUGAGAAAUUUGCUGGAGGUGGUGAAGUAUGGAGGGUUGUUGGAAAUUAAUACUAGUGCAUUGAGAAAAGGAUUGAAGGAGCCAUAUCCGGGAAGACAGAUCUGUGAGGCAUACAUACGAUUUGGCGGCAAGUUCACGAUGUCUGAUGACAGUCAUGGCAUUGGGCAUGUAGGAACAAAUUUUGUUAAGGCGAUAGAUUAUAUAGAAUCUCUCGGGGUUGAAGAGCUUUAUACCUUCGAGCGGACUACUUUGGUUGGAUCAAAUGGGGUCAAUCAAACUUUGGGCUUGAAGAGUGUAACUUUAUCAAGCGUGAAGGAAACUUUCAUCCCGGGUUGAUUCAUGGGUUUUAGGCAGUUCUAUAUCAUUCAAACCACGUUAAUAUGGCACACAUGUUCUCAGGUAUAAUACUAUUAUGUGAACCAAAUACGCAGAGUAUUGAGGAUCCAUAUCGGAAAAGAGUACCGUGUCAUGAGAGUUGGCCAAUGAGGCGGACAUUUAGAUGAUUUUCCCCUGAAUCUAAACAUAUCACA